CACAGCACAAAUAUCCACGGUUGAGCUUCCUGAGAUGUUUUGGUGUGUUUGUCGUCUCGAGAUCCGCGAACAUUGCAUGGUGUUGAUCUAACGCGAAUAAAGCUUGACAUUGACGAUUUUAUUUAAUUUUUACGUUUUCGCCUUCUUACUGCGGCUGAAAGACCAUAACGAGAUUGGAACUGUUGAGCCUUCUAUUUGAAUGCCAUGGAGUUUCCAGAUUUGGGGGAGCACUGUUCAGAGAAGACCUGCAAGCGUUUAGACUUCCUUCCCAUGAAAUGUGAUGCCUGUCAAGAGAUAUUCUGCAAGGACCACGUCACUUAUGUGCACCACAAAUGCACCUCGUCUUACAAAAAAGAUAUUCAGGUCCCUGUGUGCCCAUUGUGCAACAUUCCCAUUCCCGUCAAGAGAGGAGAGAUGCCUGAUAUUAAAGUCGGCGAGCACAUUGAUCGGGAUUGCAAAUCAGACCCUGCACAGCAGAAAAGAAAGAUAUUCACCAACAAGUGUUCCAAAGGAGGCUGUAAGCAGAAAGAAAUGAUGCGCGUGACAUGUGACCAGUGUCAUUUAAAUUACUGUCUUAAACACCGACACCCACUCGACCACGAUUGUAAGACCGAUGGCAAACCUCUGUCCCAGUCCGGACAUGCUGCUUUAAUGAGGGCUCAGGAUUCUUCCUCCUUCUCUGCCUCGUCCUCUUCGGGACACUCCAGAUCAAUUUCUAAUGGCGGCAGCGUGGCCAGCAGAGGCCACAAUAGCAACACUAGCCGACCCAUGGCGACGUCCGUAUCAGCACAGAAUGUGGUGCCGUCGUCUGCAUCCUUCCAGGCGGGCAUGUCUGACGAGCAGGCCUUACAAAGGGCUCUAGAGAUGUCUUUGGCUGAGUCCAGACCACCCACACAGCCCACCCUCAGUCCGCAGGAGCAGGAGGAUUUGGCGCUGGCUCAGGCACUGGCCGCCAGCGAGGAAGAAUACAGACGCCAGCAGCAGAGACAACAGGACCGAGAGUCCAAACAGUCCAACUGCAGUCUUUCUUAAUCUUGGACCGCUGCCCCCCCCCCCCCCAAGAUGUGUUAAUGUUCCACAAUAGACCUCACAGGCUGGAUCCUCAAUAUCCAGCAAUGACGAUUGUCUUUUAUUAUUUUUCAAUGAAAUUAUCAAAACUUGCUUACUUGCCGCCUUGUAACACUGAAAACUAAGCACACGGCUCAGCUCAGUCCAGCAGGUUCUGUCAUUUUUUUUUACCAAUGGGUUGCUAUGUACAUAUUUUAUAUACAUAUAUGAUGAGCAUAAAUCCGUUAUAUUGCCGUCUAUGAAGAAUUAAUAAAUUAUUUCAAACAUAA